UCCGGUGUAAAUAUUGACACGUGUUUCGCUAUUUCUCAUGUUUUUGAGGCUUGGUCUUCUCAUUUACGCGUCUUUCCCUCUCCUGAUGUCUUCCGCUGAUGGAAAAAAUGCUAAAGAAGCGAUAGGACAUUUCAAAGAUGAAGUUCAACAAGAAAAUGUGGCCCAGAAUGCCCUAGCUUUGGUCCCAUAUGAACAAAAUGAUCAUCCUCUUGGAAGAUUUCAUCAAGAAAAUUGGGAGUUCAAUUUUUCUGGAAGACGCAUUUCUAUCCAUCAAAACUGGAACCAUCUUGGUGUUGCUGGAGUUGUUUGGGAUGCUGCUGUAGUUUUAUGUGAAUAUCUUGAGAAGAACCAGGACUUGGUAAAAGAUAAAAGAGUUGUAGAACUUGGUGCUGGAACUGGACUAGUCGGAAUUGUGGCCGGGUUACUUGGAGCUGACAUCACCAUAACAGACAGGGAAGAUGUUCUCAAGCAUCUGAACAAUGUUGUGGCAUCAAACAUUCCGGUAGAAGUCAGUCACAAGGUCAGAGUUGAAGAGUUAGAUUGGACUGAGAAUCUGCAAAGAUACGCUCAACCCUUCGAUGUAGUUCUUGGUGCAGAUGUCAUCUAUAUAAAGGAGACUUUCUCACAUUUAUUGAAGACUUUGCUCCAUCUAAGCGACAGUGAUUCGUUGGUCCUGCUGUCGUGUCGUAUUCGUUAUGACAGAGACACUGACUUUUUGACACUUUUGGAAGAGAAGUUUACAGUGACUCUUAUUUUCAAAGAAAAGGAGCGAGACAUUCACAUCUAUUCUGCCAAGAAGAAAAGCUGACGAAGGGAGGAAUAUCAGAUGGAAUGAUUAUGCAUUUUUCAGGCUCUGUGGCCAUUGUUUUGUACCAAGGAUGGAAUAUAUCAUAUCACUUCCGUCCGGUCAGGGAUGUUGGUAAAUGAGGGUGAUAGGUCAUUUGGAUCGAGCUAACUUCUCUCUGACAUGCUUAUGUUGGACGUUAUUCCAGCACAUGCAUUGUAAUCUGACUUGGUCUGAGCUAGCAUCCCACAAUUUUCGGGAAGACAUUCACAGCCUUAUCUCUCCCACGGCAGUCAUCUCAGCCUGCUGUCUUGGACUGACCUGACAUCUCUGUCUAGUAUUAGCUAGACAUGCAAGCUUUCAUUUACCAAAUAGCUUGUUGUUCCGAAGGCCGCACUAACACCUCUUGUACCGGUCAUAUAUUAUGCAAUGUUUUAAUUUAUGUAAUAAAGGUUGGCAAUUGUGGUGGCAGUUGGCUGGCGCUCG